ACUGCUCAACUUAAAGAAACUCCCUCUCCACUCUCCACCACCCGCCCCGAAUCCCCGACGCCACAAACAUCCUUUUGCUUCUCCCGCGCGAUCUGAGUCAUGCCUAUUUCUUCCUCCUUCUGAUCUGUCAAUCUGUAACUCCUUUUUCACAUAAGGAACACACAGACAAAUACACGUGACUCUACAUGUGCCUUUGUCUCUCUGCUCAUCUCAUUUUUUCUUCGAUAUAUAAUUUUGCGGUGUUUGGACACCUUUCCUUGCGAAAAUGAAUUCCUAUUCGUCUUUGCGUUUGUUUUCUUCCGAGCUCACAUGUCCUGCGAGUGAAUCCAUGCACUACGCGAAUGUGAACUUUCUUCUGUCCAGGUCAUCGUUAAGGGUUCCUUGUUUCAUUAAGAAAGGUGAUAUGCGAGUAUCUUGCCGAUUGAUGCAUAGCCACAACGAGGAGUCGUAUGAAAGAAAGGAAAGGCUACAGGUGUCUGUACCGAGGGCAGGUUUUGUGAGGACAUUGUUGAUUGACAACUAUGACAGUUACACGUAUAAUAUAUACCAGGAGCUAUCUGUUAUCAAUGGUGUCCCUCCUGUGGUGAUCCAAAAUGAUGAUUGGACAUGGGAAGAAAUUUGCCAUUACUUAUACGAAGAAAAUGCUUUUGAUAACAUUGUAAUAUCACCUGGUCCUGGUUCUCCAGCAUGCCCAGAAGAUAUAGGCAUUUGUCUUCAGCUAUUGCUUAAAUGCUGGGAUAUUCCUAUUCUGGGUGUAUGCCUAGGACACCAGGCAUUAGGUUAUGUGCAUGGAGCUCAAAUUGUCCAUGCAUCUGAACCAAUCCAUGGACGUUUGAGUGAAGUUGAGCACAAUGGCUGCCAGCUUUUUCGGGAUAUACCUUCUGGUAGAAAUUAUGGUUUCAAGGUGGUUCGAUAUCAUUCACUUGUUAUAGAUUCUGAAUCACUUCCUGAAGAGCUCAUUCCAAUAGCAUGGACUUCUUCCACUAACACACUUCCAUAUGUUGGGUCCAAAGAUUCUGGCAAGUCCAAUACUCACGAAGCUCAGACAGAUCAAAGCAUUUUCAUUGAUCCUUUUAUAGAUAAAGUAGGAAAUGGAAGUUCAAACCAUUUUGAUUAUGAAAAAACUAGAAGUGCAAGAGUUCUUAUGGGAAUCAGGCAUUCUACAAGACCACACUAUGGUGUGCAGUUUCAUCCAGAGAGUGUUGCUACCUGCCAUGGAAGUCAAAUAUUCAAGAAUUUUAGAGAGAUUACAGAAGAUUAUUGGCUGAGAAUGAGAUUUAAGCUAUCAUACAAGGAAAAACAUGCACGUGCUGAUGCAUGCAUGCAGGUUUCAAUUGCUAAUAGACUCUACAGAGAGGUUUGUAGAAGUGUUAGUGCAGAGAAUAAUACAGUGGAUCAGUUAAAAAAAGUAAUUCAUGCAAAUAGACAUUUGGAAUAUAAUAAAGUUGAGAUGAAGCAUUUAGAAAUGUUCAACAUGGUAAAUAAUCAUCCUGCAAACACUGGCUAUAAAUGUUUGAAGUUGAAAUGGAGGAAACUUGGUCACUUGGCUGGUCAGGUUGGUGGAGCAAAAUGUAUAUUCUAUGGGUUGUUUGGACAUGAAGCUAAAAACACCUUUUGGUUGGAUAGCUCCUCCACAGAGAAGGGAAGAGCACGGUUUUCAUUUAUGGGAGGAAAAGGUGGACCACUUUGGAAGCAAUUAACGUUCAGAUUGUCUCAUCAAAGUGACAGGAGUUCAAAAUGCGGUGGUUAUUUGUCAAUGGAAGAUUCUCAAGGUUCUGCUGAAACAAUAUUCUUGGAAGAAGGUUUUCUUGAUUUUUUGAACAAGGAGCUUCAAUCAUAUCGUUACGAUAAAAAUGAUUAUGAAGGCCUGCCUUUUGACUUUCACGGUGGAUAUGUUGGUUAUAUCGGGUAUGACCUCAAAGUUGAAUGUGGUGUCACAUCUAACCGUCACAAAUCUAAAACUCCAGAUGCAUGUUUUUUCUUUGCUGAUAAUCUUGUGGCUAUUGACCACAAAAAUGACGAUGUUUAUAUAUUGGCUAUACGUGAAGAAAGUUCAAGUAUUUCACAGUGGUUGGAUGACACACAGGACAAACUUCUCAGCUUAAAUGGCUCUGUGAGAAUGUCUUUGGAAAGACAGAACUCUCAUCCUCUGACUUCUUCCUCAUGUAAGGCUGAUUUUGCAGCUGAAAAAUCUAGAGGGCAGUACAUUGAGGAUGUUAAGAAGUGUCUAAACUACAUUAAAGAUGGAGAAAGUUAUGAGUUAUGCCUUACAACUCAGAUAAGGAAACCAAUUGCAAAAUUGAAUUCUCUUGGACUUUAUCUGCAUUUGAGAGAAAGGAAUCCAGCACCUUAUGCUGCUUGGCUUAAUUUUUCAAAGGAGGAUCUGUAUAUUUGCUGUUCAUCUCCUGAGAGGUUCCUGCAGUUGGAUAGGAACAAUAUACUAGAAGCUAAGCCCAUCAAGGGUACAAUAGCUCGUGGUGCUACCAAAGAGGAAGAUGAGCAACUCAAAUUAAAAUUACAGUUCAGCGAAAAGGACCAGGCUGAAAACCUGAUGAUUGUUGACCUUCUAAGGAAUGACCUUGGUCGUGUCUGUGAUCCUGGAUCUGUUCAUGUGCCGCAUCUCAUGGAUGUGGAAUCAUAUGCAACUGUUCACACAAUGGUGAGUACAAUUCGUGGGAAGAAGCGGUCAGAUGUCAGUGCUGUAGACUGUGUCAAAGCUGCAUUUCCCGGUGGUUCAAUGACAGGUGCACCUAAGUUGAGGUCAAUGGAAAUUCUUGAUUCUAUUGAAAGUUGUUCUCGAGGUAUCUACUCAGGCUGUAUUGGCUUUUUCUCGUAUAAUCAGACAUUUGAUUUAAAUAUUGUCAUAAGAACAGUCAUAAUACAUGACGGUGAAGCUUCAAUUGGAGCUGGAGGGGCAAUUGUUGCUCUGUCAAACCCUGAAGAUGAGUAUGAAGAGAUGGUCUUGAAAACAAAAGCCCCAACAAGGGCUGUGAUGCAUUUUGAUUAGAGCUCAAGGUUAUAAACAAUACGAUUCAUUUCAUCACACUAGUUUCACACUUCCGUAGAAUAGUAAAGAAUGUUGUAGUAUAGCUUAGCAAUAUUCAAUUGUUUUAGGGUUAGAAAUCAGUUGGUUUUCUUUUCAAACAGGUGGGUUUUUUGUUUUUGUUUUUUUUAAUAGAAGCAUAUAGAUGAAUUAUACAAGUAAUAUUUAUGCAAACAUAAAUUGACUACACUUUAGGCUUGCUAGGUUACACUUCAGGUUUUUCUUUACUACAAUGCUAGUUGAAUGAAUUCCCGGUGUUUCCAUUGUAUUCAUUAAUUUCCUAGUGAAAUUGGUGACCUUUUGUUAA